AGUUGCUCAGGGUGAUGAGGACAAUCGAUGACAGAAUCGUCCAUGAAUUAAACACUACGAUUCCAACAGCUUCCUUUGUGGGGAAGAUCGAUGCUGGCCAGACGUGUAAAGAGCUGUACCAGUCUUUGAUGGAUGCUCACACCAGCAGAGAGAGAAUCAUCAAAAACUGCAUCGCUCAGACUUCCAGCAUAGUGAAAACUCUCAGAGAAGAGAGGGAAAAGGCCCAGGAUGACGUAGCGUUAUUAAAGCAACUCAGGAAAGAGCAGACAAAGUUGAAAUUGAUGCAGUCGGAGCUGAAUGUUGAAGAAGUGGUAAACGACAGAAGCUGGAAGGUAUUUAAUGAGCGUUGCCGAAUUCACUACAAGCCUCCGAAGAGUCAAUGAUGUGGGGUAUUUUCCGUCAAGGUGGUCCAUAACCAUGAGAGCCAAACUGGAAAGAGACCUUGGGUGAGCUGUAUUGGGACCCUCCAGAACCAGUAGAACCCAGUCUUGUUUUGUUUUGGACCUACUUAGCUGAAAUCUCAAGGUUGAAAUGAUUCUCCUGUAAUUAAGAGAAAACAACUCAUCUUUUGUACAAAAUACGCGAACAAAUGAGUUUUAUAGUAUUAAAAUGAUUUUCAA